CGGAGCGGGGCUAGGCUGGCGGCGGGGAUGCGCGGGAGCGGCGGGCAGCCCUGCCCUGCCCUGAGCCAGCACCGGUAGGAUCCAGUGCUUUGCUGCUGCAGUGCACAUAGCUCUUCCCAAAUCAGUGGGAUAAUUCCUGUGUUUACAGCUAAAUUAUGCCUAAAAGCUCCAAUGCAUCAAGAUGGCUAAGAUGUGUUAAGGCCCAGAGGUUUCAGGCCCGCUGAGAACUGGGUGCCUGGGGCUGUGACCAGGAGGGACCCGUCGCAGAGUGCUGGCACUCCUUAAAAAUCCAACAAGUGGGAAAUGACAAGUUUGAGGAACAGACUGCAGAACUGGACAUUCAGUAUCUGUGCAGGACUUUGAAUGCAGAAGUCACCACUAUGACCCCCAGCUCUUAUACUGUGCUUUUUACUUAUAGCCAUGUAAGAACCUAAACAAGGAGACAUAAAUUAUUGACCAGAGAAUGGCCCACCGAAGCCCAAUCUUCCCAACUCUUGCCCCUUCUGAAAGACGGGUCCGAAACAUCCCGCUGCACAGCCAGGCGCUGACAGCGGUGCCGCUGGCAUCCGCCAGCCUGGUGGAUCAGCUGGAGGACAGAAUCCUGAGCCAUGAGAAAACAACAGCAGCUCUUGUGGAACACGCUUUUCGCAUUAAGGAGGACAUUGUUUCCACGCUGCACAGAAUGCAGAACAAAGGGGGGGGUGACCGGUUGGCAAGGCAACUCCUGGAGGAGCACAUCCGAAACAUAACUGCGAUAGUGAGGCAGCUCAACCGGGACAUCGAGAUGCUGCAGGAACAGAUUCGUGUCAGAGACAAUCUCAGCUAUGGAACAAAUUCUACCCUGAAGAGUCUUGAAAUGCGUCAGCUUUCUGGCCUAGGAGAUCUUCGGGGAAGAGUUGCAAGGUGUGAUGCUGGGUUAGCCAGGCUGUCUGCAGAGCAUAAAAUUACAUAUGAAAGACUUCAGAGUCUAAGUAAAGACCAACACACCUCCAAGCUGAUCUUAGAAUCUAAAAUCAAAGAGGCAGAAAUACAGAUUUCUCAUCUUUUGAGCAGAGUAGAGCAAUCAAUAAUGCAACAAGAAGCAAAGCUGAAGAUUGCCUACAAAGAGAGCAACCAACAGCUGCAAGUUCUGGACACAAAAUUGAAAGAUGCUGUUGAAGAGCUCAGCAAUCAGAUUUUGUCUGCUCGGAGCUGGUUGGAACAGGAACACGGAAGGACUGAAAAGGAGCUUGUGCAAAAAAUCGACCAGCUCUCACUGACUUUUAAGGAAAGCACUGAAAUGAAUGAGAGAGGUAUUGAGAUGAAAUUCAACCAAAUGGCAGAGAAAAUUGAGAGAAUAGAAGAAAUGCAGAAGAUAACCAUGGAGGCACAUGAAACAAAACAGACUGAAGAAAAGAUAAAUAUUCGCAUUGUCAAACUUCAAAAUGAGAUAAAUGAAGACAUAAAAGAAAUGAAAGCUGAAGUCAAUGCUGGGUUUGCAGCUAUCUAUGAGAGCAUUGGGUCUCUACGGCAAGUUCUGGAAGCAAAAAUGAAGCUGGACAGAGAUGAACUCCAGAAGCAGAUCCACCAAAUGAAGCAGGAGGUUCCAAGAUGGGGAGAAGCUGGACCAUGACUGCAAGAUUUUGUCUGAGAGAUUAGUGUUUACCUGGCUAGCUAGGCAGACUCUAGUGUUUUUCCAGUCUGUAAUGCCAAUUACCUGCAUGUACCAAAUGACAUGCUGCUGCUGCUGCUGCUGCUGCUGCUGCUGCUGCUGCUGCACAGGUGUUUGCUCCCAGCAGUAAAUACAAGCUGUUCUUGGAUAACUGGCAAUGAGCCUGUGGAGCUGAGGUGCUGCUUUGCCACUGCACUACUCCAGUUGCUGUCAGGAAAUUUAGCACUGUGUAAAACUGGAGUAAUGCACUGCUGAAGCUGGCAGCUAGUUUGCUAAAGGCAUUCCAGUUUUGCAGGCUUGAUCAGGCAGCUAUA